AGCGUUCGUUCGAAACCAAAAAGUAAACAUCGAGACCGGAUCUGCGGAAGAAUUUUUGCGUAAUAAUCUGGUGUUUUAAAAUGUUCAUCACGAAUAUUCUUCUGAAGAAAGCCAAGAGCAAGAAUGUUCUGGUGUUGAUGGAGAGUGCCGUUAGUGGACAUCAGUUUAUGAAGAUUCGGGAACGACUAGCCGAUAAGCUGGAGAUGAUUCGUUUCGAUCCGUACAUUCAACGCAACAGUUUAUACAAGGAGCGCAAACGUGUCAGGAGUUUGAAUUAAAUAUGAUUUUGGUGUGAAUUAUUAAUUGUUAUUUAGUCACAACA